GCAGUACUGGUCGUACCCAGCAUGCACAGCAGAGCUAUUAGCGCUUAGCUGAACAAGUGUAGACAGAAGACAACAACAACAGCAUGAUCCCAGCCAAACGCCAGGCUGUUGGACUAGACCAGCUAUGGACCCCGAUAACGAGUAUCAGUACAUGGCAACAAAAGUGUGGCUCUUGCUGACUAGUCAUCUGGCUCGAUGAGGAGGUUGAUUUUAUUGCUAAAUGUCCACUAAGGUGCUCAUUGUUUCUCAAGUGUUUUAAAAUAUACUGCUGCUAAAUAUCUCGAGUCUAUGUGCGAGUGUCUUCCGGCGGGAGCAGCAGCAGCAGCGGUGCCAUGAACAGUGGACUCCCAGCUUCAGCUGCUCCGCUCGGGGGUGUCGGAAUACCCGGUGUGAAGGUGAAAUUCUGCCGUUAUUAUGCGAAAGACAAGACUUGUUUUUACGGAGAUGAAUGCCAGUUUCUGCACGAGGACCCGUCCAUGGCGAGCCUUUCUCUGCACGGUGGUGGUACAGGUGCUGGCGGCGGCGGCGGAGGAGGAAGCCCCGUCUCAUUAUCUCUCGCCGGAGGAGCAGUGACGGCGGGAUACGUGCUCGGAAAUAGCGCGGCCAGCGGCGCUCCGGCAAACGUUCCCAAAAAGAACGAUUCUCUCGGUCCCGCAGGAACAGCUCUGGAGGGACAUCUGUUGUCCAUCCCUGGGAUGGAGGGAGGUGCUCUGAAUGAUGCCAGUCUGACCAACUCGUACUUCAGCAGCACCUUUAUUGGGGUCAAUGGGUUUGGUGGCCCAGCAGAGUCCAAAUAUUCAAUGAUGCAGAGGAUGACCAGCAGUAGCAGUUCUCCAAGUCUGCAGAAUGAUGGUGCCAAGAGCUUCAGCCACGGCACACAUGAUCCAGUAAAUUCCCCAACAUCAUCUCUCUUCAGUGAUUUUGGUGGUUUGAGCAUAUCACAAAGGAGAAAGGCUCCUAACCCCACAGCCAGUGAGUUUGUCCCUAAAGGGGCCCCACGGAUGGCCUCCAUGUCUCAGACGACCGUGCCAGCAUUCACCUCCCCCAUCUUCCCUCAUCCUGGCUUGAGCAGCUCCACGGCGGCUGCUCUUGCACCUGGUAUGUCGCUCUCUGCUGGGUCUUCUCCUCUUCACUCCCCCAAAAUCACCCCUCACACGUCCCCAGCCCCGCGGCGGCGCAGUCACACGCCCAACCCCAACCCAGCCAAUUACAUGGUGCCCACCACUGCGUCUGACCAGGGAGGCGGAGCCCACGUGAUUCAAAAGGAGACCGUGGGCGGGACUACCUACUUCUAUACCGACAACACCCCUGCUCCCUUGGCCGGAAUGGUGUUCCCAACAUAUCACAUGUAUCCGCAAACGGCACCUCAUGUGGCAUACAUGCAGCCAAAAGCCAAUGCACCAUCCUUCUUUAUGGCUGAUGAACUCCGACAGGAGCUGAUUAACAGGCAUUUGAUAACGAUGGCACAGAUAGAUCAGUCUGAGAACCCUGGAGUGCCGUCUGAGGUAGACAGUUACCACAGCCUCUUUCCCCUGGAGCCCCUUCCCCCACCAAACCGUCUUCAGAAAACCAGCAACUUCAGUUACAUCACUUCCUGUUACAAGGCAGUCAACAGCAAAGAUGACCUGCCUUACUGCCUCAGGAGGAUACAUGGCUUCAGGCUGGUCAACACCAAGUGUAUGAUGCUGGUACCCGUAUUAAAAAAUUUUUUUUUUUUUUUUUGGUUAAGUGUGCGAGCUCUUUUCAUAUGAUCACGUUUAUCCUUCGCAGCACUGGUAUUUUCCUAUGACUUCCAUGCGGGGGCAGAGACCAUGUUCAGCAGGCACUUCAACGAUCCGGCUGCGGAUUCUUACUUCACAAAGAGAAAGUGGGGGCAGCAUGAGCUCCCUCCUCCACGGCAACAUGCGGGCUUGUUACCAGAGUCGCUGAUUUGGGCCUACAUUGUCCAGCUGAGCUCGGCACUGCGCACCAUUCACACGGCUGGGCUGGCCUGCAGGGUCAUGGAACCUAGUAAGAUCCUCAUCACUGGAAAGACACGGUUACGAGUCAACUGUGUAGGAAUGUUUGAUGUCUUAACAUUUGACAAUAGUCAGACCAACCACCUGGCGCUGAUGCCCCAGUACCAGCAAGCAGAUCUCAUCUCCCUGGGGAAGGUGGUGUUGGCUCUGGCGUGUAACUCUCUAGCUGGCAUUAAGAGAGAGAAUUUGCAGAAGGCCAUGGAGCUGGUGUCAAUCAACUACUCUUCUGACCUCAAGAACCUCAUUCUGUACCUGCUCUCAGAACAAAGCCGUCUGCGCAGCGUCAAUGACAUUAUGCCCAUGAUUGGAGCACGAUUUUACACUCAACUUGAUGCCUCUCAAAUGAGAAAUGAUGUCAUUGAGGAGGACCUGGCCAAGGAGGUUCAAAAUGGGCGAUUGUUCCGCCUACUGGCAAAACUGGGAACGAUCAACGAGAGACCAGAGUUCCAGAAGGACCCGACGUGGUCUGAGACUGGUGAUCGUUACCUGCUGAAGCUCUUCAGAGAUCACCUGUUCCACCAGGUAACUGAGGCAGGCACACCCUGGAUCGACCUCAGCCACAUCGUGUCCUGUCUCAAUAAGUUGGAUGCUGGAGUACCGGAGAAGAUCAGUCUGGUGUCACGGGAUGAGAAGAGCGUGCUCGUGGUGACUUACUCAGACCUGAAGCGCUGCUUUGAGAGCACCUUCCAGGAACUGCUUGCUGCCACGAACGGCCCCCUGUAACCCCCAGCCAUCCACAAGAGUGGGCUGGAACUGCCUGAAACAGAGCACAUUGCACUACAGCCUGGAAUCAUAGGUGCAGAAUGAUGAUCUCGCGACCAGGGCGGAGCCAGCUGGUUGCUCACCUCCAGUCAGAUACACUGUUCUGUCCAGAGAAAGUUGUUUUCUAAAGCUUAUUUUUUUAGUUUUCACAACAACACCGCAGCUGCAGAAUUAUGAACUGAACUGAGAGCUGUGAUAAUGAUGAAUUCUUUUUUCUUUUUAGACUUGGGAACAAUGUCCAAAAAAUAAGAGACUUUACUUCCUUAUUUUUUCUUUGGAGGAUGCACUAAACAUUUCAAGUUCCUUUUUAAGUGAUUGUGCGUGUCCCACAGGGUGCGUUCAGGGCCGGGGGCCUCACACAUGAAAUGGAAGAAAAACAGAGCGCCAUUUUUUUCCACAUCAUCUCCUUGCCCGUUUUUAAUGAGGUACUACGAAUUGGGACAGACCACUGGUCAUGUGUUCAGAGUCCUCGGCUCUGAUGGGACAAACUGAUGAGACUGACCACUUAUGAAUGUGUGGCAUAAGUAGUAAUGUGCCGCCACUCCUCGUCUGCUGUAUUGACUCAUUUAAAAGUUGGCCAUCUUGGAGGCGGGAGGGGAAGUUACUGGUUGCCUGCAGUCGAGGGGGAUUCCACGACAAAGGGGUGCUCUCUCCUCUUGCUGUGUAAACUUGUCGUUUAUUUCAGAAUUUCGCAACAUCCUUUUUCAUUUUACGGAUGCUUUUUGAAAUCGGAUUUUGAGAGGAUGGAUUUUCGUUGUCGUUUCUGUUUUUUUUAGUCGGGCUUUUGUGAUGGGAACCAAAGAACUGGACCACGCUAGCAAGGGAAGCCAGUUCUGUCUCAUUGUGGAAUGUCCUCUUAUGCCUCUGUUGUGGAGCAUCCCAAGUUUCUGUCCAUUUCGUCAUUCUUUUUCCUAAUUCAUUCUCGUUUUCCCGCUCUCCACGCUAGUAUUGGUUUAGAUCUAGUGAAUCUCAGUAUAGAGCUCUCUUGUGUUGUUACGGUCGUUCCCUUUCCUCACCAAGUUGUUGUACAGAGAUGCAUGAUGGGAUGUUUCUCACUGUGGACCAGUCCCAGCAGGAUGGUUGGGAUUCUAUUGGUUUCUCUUGGUUUCGUUUUUGUUUAACUAUGAUUUGACCUAUGAAUUAUGUGACAACAUCCAGAAAACAGUUUGGAAUUCGCUCAGGUUGAUCCCUGACAGGAAUAUGCCAAUGACUGAAUGUGUCUGACCUGUCAUUGGUGACUGCCCAAUCCGUGAGUCAAGGAACAGGCGGGACUUGCAGCACAGAUUUGGGUGUGCCACACUGGACCGAGAGGGUGCAGGAUACAGCAGGCAGAUCUGAGGAUGCUGUGAGUUCAAUAAUGUACUUUUUCCCUCUUCUUUUUUGUUUUAGUCAACUGAUACUUGGUGGACAUGGUGCCAAGCCCGUAUCCCUCUCCGAAUCUCUCUCACACACACACACACACACAUUAAUACACCUUUUACAGGCCGAUCUCAUAUCAUGUACCCAGUUUCCAGUGGAACGCACUCCAGGCACAUACAUACAUAUGCACUCAUACAUGAAAUCCUCCUUCACCAUCCCAGUACGUUUUAUGCCCUUCUUGUGUUUGUCACAUUUUUGCAAUAUUUGUGUGUACAGCAGUAUUUUAAUAAAGAGUAAUAAAAGAGAA